CACUAGAAGUCCAGCUACAGUCUGAAUCAGUCUGUAAUACAGUAGUAGAGCUGCUUCUGCCAUCAUCUGCCUGCAGGCUUCAUUUAUAGUCCUUAAGAAAUUGCUGCUCUAGGACGAAGGACCCUCUGCACAUAAUUUAAUUGGUUGCCUGGCACUUCAUCUGUGGCAAGCAGAACAAUGGCUGCCAGCAAGAGCAAGAACCAGAGUUCCUUGGCCCUCCAUAAAGUAAUUAUGGUUGGUAGUGGAGGUGUGGGCAAAUCUGCACUCACUCUUCAAUUUAUGUAUGAUGAGUUUGUUGAAGACUAUGAGCCUACCAAGGCUGACAGCUACAGAAAGAAAGUAGUUCUGGAUGGUGAAGAAGUUCAGAUAGACAUUCUGGACACAGCAGGACAGGAGGAUUAUGCAGCUAUCAGAGAUAACUAUUUCCGCAGCGGGGAAGGGUUUCUUCUAGUCUUCUCAAUAACAGAGCAUGAAUCCUUCACAGCGACAGCUGAGUUUCGGGAACAGAUUCUGCGUGUGAAGGCUGAAGAGGAUAAAAUACCUUUACUGGUAGUGGGAAACAAAUCUGACUUGGAGGAACGCAGACAAGUGCCUGUAGAAGAGGCUAGAAGUAAGGCAGAGGAGUGGGGUGUGCAGUACGUAGAAACCUCUGCUAAAACUAGAGCAAAUGUAGAUAAGGUAUUCUUCGACUUAAUGAGAGAAAUCAGAGCAAAGAAAAUGUCAGAAAACAAAGACAAGAAUGGCAAGAAAAGUGGCAAGAACAAGAAAAGCUUUAAAGAAAGAUGUUGCUUACUGUGAUGCUUGGGAACUGUAAAUGUCUGUCUACAGGUGGCAUGGAUAAGAUACCACUAAGGAUAUAGGGCUGGAUUCAUGAAAGGAAGUCUGUAUUGACUCCCUUAUCUUUUGCUUUGCAUAUCACACCUUCAAAAUGUGAAAAAAAGAACUCUGAAACCAUUUCUGCUAUCCAACAAAACCUAUGCCUACUUAAACUGAAAUGGGCUCUGUCUUCCCAGUGUCUGUCAAAACUAGAAACAGUUUCAGAACUACAAUCCUUCUGCUUGGUCAUAUGAAGUAGUUUCAUGUUAACUUCCUAGUUUACUGUUUCUCUGAAUAUGUUUCUCUUGAACCUCUACUGGCCUUAACAAGCACAGCUGUUCAGGUUCAAACUUUCUUUCCCCUGCUGUUGCUGCCCUCCUUGUUGUUGCACACUUCUGCCAAAAAGCUAGAUGACAUCUGGUAAAGGGUUUGAGUCUCCAUCUUCUGUUAGUUGUCACUGCUGCUUCUUACACUGAAAUUUGCUGGCUUCCUCCUCACACUCCAUGUAAGAAAUAGCAAGUGACACUUGAAAGUCUACUGAGACUUUCUUCCCUGUUCUAUUUAGUCAAUACAGCAUUCAUGAAUCAAGACUAUGGACUCAAAUCAGACUUAUUUAGGCAAUGCAAAAAUCAAUAUUUAAAUAUUGGCUAAACAUUCCCUGCUCAUCUCUUCUCAUCCUUAAAUUGGUGGCAUUAGGGUGAAAAAAUGACUGUAAGCCUUUCUUCAAAAGGAAUAAUAGUCACCAUCUCCUUGAAAUGCUGUCCUGAGGUUCCUCUCUGUAUUGUAGCUAGACUUGAUUACACUGACUCUACAUCUGUUAUCCUUCCCCUCCCUGAUACUGGAAUAGUGAAAAACAAAAGUGUUGAGUUCAUUGGUUUUGUUUCUAUUGGAACACUUGUGAUCAUGUUGGAAAGUGGUAACUUCUGCAUCUGUCUCUUGUCUUGCUGAAGAUGAAAGCUGAGCAAGGAUGGGUCACAUCACACAAUCAUAACUUGGAAUAGGUGAGGCAUACAUGCUACCUCUCAAUAAUUAGCUGGCUAGUGAUUUGUAUGGUGUCAAAGCAAAUGAAGUUAAGCAGUUGCCAAGUCUGUAACUCAAAUUUUAUACGUACCAUUUCUGAUGCACAGCAACCUAGCACAUGGGGAUGCAUGUUGGGUUUUGCUCUUAGUUAUGCAAUGGUGGUCACAUUGAUCAACAAAAAUGAGCCUAGGAAUGGAGAAGUUUGUACUUAGCAGAUCCUCUUGUCAGCUGACUAUGCUUUCUGAUGCGUUUUAAGUGCAGUUGCCAAAAACCCUUCUAUCACUGUUGUGGAAAAUCACUGUCUCUUCUGAUUGUGGAGUCUCUCAGUGAAUUAUGGCUAACUUCUGUUUUGAAGUAGAGAGACUUAAAGUAGUGACUGUACCUUGCUUGUUGACUGAGUGCCUAAAACACGGUUACUUGAUGAAAGGAGUAUGCUGUGUGGUUGCUCCAUGAAGCACACUGCAGCACUAAACUAACAUAGAGCAUUUCUUCUUGAGAUGAAGUAGUAGUGGAUACUGUUCAGUACUUAGCAUUGUCAUUUGAGGCUGAAAAAUAUUUUUUUAACAUGUACUAGAUUGCUCUUGUGCAUUCCACCUCUGAGCUUUGGAAAAAGUAAGGUAUGUUAGAUAUCAGAACCUCUUUUGGCCUGAGGUUUCACAGGGGCUUAGUGCAAACUCAUUGUCUUCCAUAACUAGUUCAACUUGUCAGGCAACUCAUUGGAUUGGGGAAAACUGUACUAAAUAAAAGGUGCUGUAAUCUUCAUUCUUGUCAAGCUAAAUUCCUUCUUUGUUAAUGUUAUCUUGUAUGCACAGAAAGGAUGGUUAAUUCUGGAAAUACUUCUCUUUGAACAGUGUGAUGAUUUGGUGUUACAGAGCCAACUUGCCAGUACAGUUUUGAAGCAGGGGCUGGGAGUCUGCUGACUUCUUGAACUUGUCACCUAUGUCUAAAGCCUGAGCACCUAAUGGGACAUUUGGAGCUGUUCCUCUUGAACUUCCAUGGAUGAAAGUCAAUUUUUGAGUGCAUAUUGUGCAUACAGCAAAUGAAUGUUUCUGUAGGAACUUCACUUAGGUUUGGUUUUAGUUGAAAGCUAAAGGUUAAGUCCUUAAUUAACCUAAAGGAUAAACAGUUGAGUUCACAUUACAAGCUUAUCUAGGUCAAGCCCUUCUGAAGCAAAUUGUAAAAUGUCUAACAAAACUGAAUAAGCUUUCCUUGCUAUAUGAAUAAUGAACUUGGUAAAGCUUACAAUGAGCAGCACAGCUGUAUUGGCUCAAGAGACUUGCAUGCCUUGGCCUUUGAUCUCUUUAGUCUUAAAGUACCUGACAGUAUUUGAUAGCAGAUGAACUUCUGCUCAGAACAGUGAGGCUCCCACUUACGUUCUUACAGUCUGCAUGCUAUUCUCAGGUUGGGUGUUUUUUUCCAACUGAUAAAGCUCCACCACUGAGGUGAACUGACUUGUAAGAAGGUGCCUGCUGCUUCAUGGCUUGAUACUGCGUCUCUUCCAUGUUUUCUGCUUGUCACUUCUUCCAGAAAGACUAGGACUGGAGACUAAAUACAGCAGCUUUUCAGUAUUCUUCCUCUGUGCUUGUGACAAACUUCAGUUUAACUUGCCAGUUACAACUGCAAACAUGUUAAGGCAGCUACUUCAUAACAGUAGGCAACAACCAUUCUGACUUGUACCAGGAAGGCUCCCCUGGACUGGAAUCCUGUUGCCUUCACCUCAUAUGAUUGAAGUGCCUGAAUGCAUGGCCUUCUAAAUAGAGGCAGUACAAUUGGAAGGUCCUUGAAUGACUUCCAGAUAUGCUUCACUGGAUGUUAAUGGGAAUCAGCAUCAGGUGGGUUGACUAGAGUGAAUCUAAAAUGGCAGAGAGAAAGAAAUUCUUCCUUUGGAUUUGAGGGCUUCCUGUAGGCAGAGUAAAGGGAGUUUUGGCUGCUAAUGUUAUUGGGUAUUUGCAGAUGAGGUACAACAAGGAGGACUUUAGCAAGCAAGGCUGUGUGUGGCUGCCUGCUAGCCAUGCUGUGCAGCUGCAGUAACUGAAGAUUGUAUUGCAGCUGACAUUCUAGCAGCCUUUUCACGUUAAGUAAUUAGAGACUGAGUUCUCUUUGUCAGUAUAAUGUGCUCUUAAAUCUUUCUGGAGCAUGGCUGUAGGCAAGUAACUGAAUAUUUGAAGCUGGAGGUCAUGCAAGACUUGACUAUGCACUUGCACUUAAGCAUUCAAAUACUAUUGCAUAAUGGCUUAAAGUCAGGGAGCUGUUUGCUGCUAUAUGCAAUCUUCCAUAUGUGGCUUAGCUGUUGAAGUGAUCCAGUCAUCUUUCUGGUUUAAGCAAACAUCUGAGACAAGCCCCUGUUAUGACUUGACUCCUCAGUUUUUUAGAGGAGCAUCUCUCCUGAGUACAGAUGCAGCAUUAAGUGUUUCUUCAAUGACCUGUGCCAUAUGUGUUCUGUACAGACUAAUACACCUUUACUGCAAUUUCUAGGCAAACACUUGGCUUGAUGAAGAGAAAAAUGUGUGUACACAUUUACUGGAUAUUAAACUUCAGUAAGGUGCUAGUAGCCAUCUGAAGUUGGAGUUGAAUCCUGUCUGACUAAUAUAAUACUUUGGAACGCUUUAGGUCUAUGGCACAAAGCUACAACCCAGAAUGUAGUAAGAGGUGGGGGAAAUGCAGCAAAGUGCACACCAAGGUCUCCUUUUAAAGCUUUCCAAAGCAUUAACCCAGUACUUGGGGCUGACAGGUCUAUCAAUUCUUGCUCAGAAAGAGGAUACUGUUUAUCAAUUCUACUCAGAGCUUAUGUAGACAGAAACUUUCUUUAAUUGCUAUAAGCAUAUGUUGCAGUGUUCACCUCCUGUUGACUUUAUAGUUGGGAGAAGGAGGGAAGGGGAACCGUAAUCUCCACACUUCAUGGGAAUGGCAGGUGUUCCUCUUGGGAGGGGAAGGUGUUAUCUCUAACACCAAGAAAGACGUUUAGCGUAGAGGAAGCGAUUGUGAUUGCAAGAUUUAAUAAAACUGCCUCUAAAUUGUGUAUGCUAUACUAUACAAUGUAAUUUUUUUUCUUACAUAGCUUCAGAGCUUUGUCUCUAACUUGCACAAACAUUUUUAAUGUCUAUAAAACCAGUCACUUUUCAUUAUCAUGCUAAUACAUCUGAUUUGUAUUACUAUUGAUAAUAAAAGAAAAACAGGCGUAA